AUGGCGACGGUGCAGGCGCACACCAAGCUGACGUGCCUGGCGUUGGCGCGGGAGGAGUUUGUGCAGCUGCUGGGGCCCCUGCAGAAGCUGAUGGAGCGUGAGAAGUCGCCGCAGGCGCGUGGGCGGCAGACGGGCGGGCUGGGGGUAAUUGCCCAGCGGCUCAGCAAGCUGGCGACCUUCAAGCGGCACGGCGCCAGCCACGGGCGGCAGCCGGCGGAGGUCCUGAUAAAGCGCCGCAAGCGGGGGCGCAACGGCGAGACGGCGUGGGAGGUGGUGCGGGCGCGGGGACACCUGGAUGAGGUGCAGGAGCUCAGGCGCGGCGGCAGCAAGCUGGAGGAGCUGGCCAACUACCGGCCCCCCUCGGGCGGCGGCGGCCGCCCCGACGACGGCGGCGGCGUCGACCACAACGCGGCGCCGUCGCUGACGCUGACGGAGGGCGCGGUGCUGGGGGGCGGCGCGUUCAGCCGUGUGAGCGUGGUCACGGAGGACAGCACGGGCCGCAGCUACGCCAUGAAGCGGAUGCGCAAGUCAGCAGUGGUGCAGUGCCCGGAGCACGUGUUCUGCGAGCAGGCUGGGAUGGCUUAG